AGCAGCAGCACUCAGCAGUAGCAGCAACUUCAAGAGAAAUCAGUCUCAAGACAAAAGUUGAAAUAAAAAAUAAAAAACUAUUUAAAGGUUUUGGAAGUUAUGGAAGAUAUCAAUUCAACUUCAACUUCAACUUCCACUUCAAACAAAACUGACGAAUUCUUAAAAACCUUCAAUGAACAAAUCAAAAAUUAUCAACUUAAACCUGAUCCCAACCAAUUAAUCAUUAUUAAAUCAUCAUUAAAUCAAAUUGCAAAAGAAAUACCUUCUUAUCAUUUAAAGAAUUGUAUUAAGAUCUUAACAGAUUUAUCAACUCAUCAACCAACACAUCAAGAAAAGAAACCUAAAUUUUCAUUUAAACGAAUUCAACCUCAACUGAUUAUCGAUGCAGAUCGAGAGAAAUGUAAACCGAAUGAAGAUGAACCCAAAGAAUCAAGUGUUGAAUCGGAACCGAACCACAAUGGCACUCAAAUCGUAAAUCAAACCGGGAUCGUAUUCAAACCGAACCCCAUCUCUUACCAAACCUCAUCCAUAUCUUUUCUUCAUAUAAAUCAUUCUAUUUUAGACUUAAGAAACAUGUGCAAACUAAAAUCAAUUUCGAUUCAAGGUUUAAGUAACUCGAUCGUCAUACUUGAUCAUCAUUUAGAUGGAUCUUUUUUGAUUUCUUUUUCAAUUGAUUCGAUCCUAAUUUUCUCUUCAAACCAAAUUAGAGUUCAUGAUUCUUAUGGGUUAUGGUUCUGGGUUGAACGUGGAACGAUUCCGAUAAUCGAAAGAUCUAAAAGCUUACACUUUACUUCUAAAUCCUCAACUUAUCCUGUUCUUCAGGUUUUGGAUUUCAGUCAACCUGUGAGCCAUUCAAAUCAAAGUUUAAAUUAUAGAUUGGAUUCAUCGAAUGCAGGAAACGUAUUACAAGACGUUUUGGGAUUUGUGGAUCGGAUUGAUGGGAAUGAGGGUAUUGAAGAUCGGAUUCAGGAGUUUAUGAAACGGGUUUUGGUUUCUUGAAAUAUCAAUUGUAAAAUUAAACUUUUUUCUUUCUUUCAACUAAUAAGGAUUGAUUUAUUUAUAUACAU